UCAAUAUUAUAUUGCUUCAUCAUUUUGUUUUAAAUAAAUUAGUUUUUAAAUUUAAAUUUUAUUUUAUAAGAUUUUAUUCAUUUAUUAUAAUUAUUUCCAGAUGCACAAAAUUAUUUUGUUAAUUCUUUUAUGUGUGAUAGACGUUAUGAAAAUAUAAUUUAGUAAAUAAACAGUUUUUUUUUUUAAUUACUUUAAUUAGCUAACUUCACGUUUUCAUAAAAUUUAUUUAUCACAUUUCAAUUAUUAUUAUUUACUAAUUCAUAUAGUAUUAUCAACAUAAAAUAUUGGUUCAAUAUAAUAAUUUUGAACUGAAAAAAAUGGCGGUAAAUCACUAUGACUUAGAAUUUUUAUUGGAACAAGCAAAUAAAUUAUUCAGUAGAGAUAAUUGGGCUCAUGAAAUAAUUGAUCAAACAAUUGAUUUUGUAAAUGAAAAUAAUAAAAUUGUUUAUGUUGGGUGUUCGACGGUGGUAAGAGUUCUUCUCAAAUCUGGAAGAUUUCAUGAAAAUGUAGGGUUUCAUGAAGGCGUGUCUGAGUCCACUGGGAAAGCUUUCGAGGAUGCGAGAAAAGUUGCUAUCAUUUAAAAUAUUAUUUGUAAUCUUAA